UCAAGUCCAGUUCCGACUUCCGCUCCGUUCGUCCCUUUCCUGUUCGGCGCGUGUGGUUGAGGGGCGAUCGCGGCGGCCGGUCUCUCGUUUUCAUCGCAGACACUUCUACUGCAAAGAUGGUCAAUGUACCGAAGACCCGAAGAACUUUCUGUAAGAAAUGCGGAAAGCACCAGCCUCACAAAGUGACCCAGUAUAAGAAGGGCAAGGAUUCCCUGUAUGCCCAAGGAAAGCGGCGCUACGAUCGAAAGCAGAGUGGUUAUGGUGGGCAGACAAAGCCAAUUUUCCGAAAGAAGGCCAAAACCACAAAGAAGAUUGUGCUCAGGCUCGAGUGUGUUGACCCCAACUGCAGGUCCAAGAGGAUGCUGGCCAUUAAGAGAUGCAAGCAUUUUGAACUGGGAGGCGACAAGAAGAGAAAGGGCCAAGUGAUCCAGUUCUAAAACUUGUGUUCUGAGAGGAAAAUACUGAAGCAGUAGAAAAAUGCCCUGCUAGAGAAUAAAGUUAAUGCUAAUGAUACUAA